UUCCUGGGAAAUGACCGUGAAGCAUCAUGGGAAGACAGAGACAAAAUGGCGGCUAAAUAAUAUCAACAAAGGACCCAAAACACAGAAACAACGCUUUACUAGCACAAAAAGAGCAUUUUCUUUAUUAAAAACUCAUAGAAAAAGAAACCAGCGAUGGCUUCGAAUGAUUCAGUAACCUUGGCGAACAUAAAUUACUACUGCCGCGAGAAAUAUUACCGACAAUUACAGACAACAUGCCUGGAGAGCUUACGGAAGUAUGGCAACGAUUCGGUGUUGUUGUUCUGGAAAGCAUUUGGUAUCUUGAUGGAAGAUCGAGCGUCAGAAGCAAUGAGAGAAUUUGAGUCUAUCAAGGACAAGCCAGAGGUUGUUCUUUGCUCCACAAUGGCUCUUAUCUAUGCUCACAAGAAAGCAAAACUAGUGGACAGAGAAGCUGUUCAGGAACUGGAAUCAAAGCUUCGACAGGAUCGACAGAGCUGUGGGGAGAUGGCUUUGUAUUUUGGCAGCAUGUUUCUGCUACAUACUGGGAAGGUUGACAAGGCUCGGGAGUAUGUGGAUAGGAUGAUUAAAAUGUCUCAAGAUACCAAAGAGGGGCUAAUUCUUCGUGGUUGGAUUGAUAUCUCUUGUGGGAGAGAAGCCUUUGUCAAAAAGAGCAUCAAGUUCUUUGAUGACUCUCUAAGUGGUGGAGAAAAUGCUAAGAACUUGGAUGCACUGUUUGGAAAGGCAAGAUAUCUGCAGCUAAAGAAUAAUUUUAGUGGUGCUUUGGACACUGUUAAUCAGGCUGUAGUUGCCUACCCAGAGUGUAUUCCAGCUCUCAUUGAGAAGAUGCGUCUACAGCUUGCACUGCAAGACUGGGACCAGACCCUAGAGACAGCACAAAGAGCCCUGGCAAUAAACAGAAAUUGUAUUGAAGCUCAAAGGAUGGUGAUCUUGUUCAUGCUCUGUAGAGAUGGCUCAUACACAGAGGCUUCAGAGAAAAUUGUGGAACUCAUCCAUGCCCUUGACAGAUGUGAGCCCAAAAAUCCUCACGUUUACUGCAAUAUAUCCCAGGGAUUUAGCAGAUUGUGUGGUCGUAACAGCCUAGUUCUACAGCAGACAGUGACAUUGAUUGACCGUGCCCAGUCACUUGCUCCGGCCGAUGCAGAGUACCAGAUAGAGUUGGGCUUCCAACACGUACUCCAGGGCAAGAUACGAGAUGCAACAAAGGCAUUUAGAGCUGCCAUGAAGCUGGAUGAAACAAGUGUUCCUGCUCUUACUGGAAUUAUUAGGUGCCAGCUCAUUGAAGGUCAACUUGAAGAUGCAGAGCAACAGCUUGAGUUUUUGAACGAGAUACAGCAGUCCAUUGGAAAAUCAGCUGAGCUGUCAUAUUUGACAUCAGUACUGUAUAGGAAGAAAGGCAAACCUCAAGAGGAAGUCAUUACUGCUCUCAAUAUGGCCAUUGAUACACAUUUUGUCAGCUUAAAGGGACUUCCUCUUGGUACACAGUAUUUUGUCCAGAUGAACCCAGAUUUUCUAAUUCAAGUUGUCAAGGACUACUUGAUGUAUGCUCCAAGUGAGCCACAAUCACCUGGGCAGCCUUCUCCACCGCUGCUAAAGAGAUGUGCUGCUGUGCUGGACCCCCUGACCAAGGCAAUACCUGGACUGCUGGAGGGGCUCUACCUAAUGGGCAGGGUCAAGUACCUUGCAGGUGAGGUGGAUGUCGCUAAUGCAAUGCUUGCACACUGCCUGGAGCAAGAUGCCACUUUCUCUGAUGCUCACCUUCUGAUGGCCCAGAUUCAACUUCAGAAGAACAAUUUUAAACAAGCAGAACAAUCCCUUGAAGUUGGACUCAGCUACAACUUUGAGGUUCGCGAGCAUCCCCUGUAUCAUCUUAUCAAAGCACGGGUGCAGAUGAAGAUGGGAAAUGCAGAGGAUAGUAUCAAGACCCUGAACGCCGCUAUGAACCUUCCAGGGGUCAGGAAACAAGACACAACGGGAAAGCGAACUAAAAAGAUCAACAUAACAGCGAGUGACCGAGUGUCAGUCUACUUGGAACUAGUGCAAGCGCAUCGCCAUGCAGGACAUGAGCAUGAGGCAGCUAAGAUCAUGCAGGACGCUUUGAAUGAAUUCCAAGCCACACCUGAAGAAGUCAGGAUACAGAUAGCAAAUGUUGACUUAGCACUGGAUCGAGGAGACACGGAACAGGCGCUCUCUAUCCUCAGAGCCAUCACACCUGAACAAGCUUAUUAUAUCAAAGCAAAGGAAAAGAUGGCAGAGAUCUAUUUACAUCACAGAAAGGACAAACGCCUGUAUGCCAGUGUCUACAGAGAACUGGUAGACAAGAACCCGAGCCCACACACAUGCCUGUUGCUAGGUGAUGCCUACAUGAGCAUACAAGAGCCGGAAAAAGCAAUAGAAGUCUACGAGUCUGCCUUAAAGAAAAAUCCCCGAGAUGGCUCUUUGGCGAGUAAGAUAGGGCAGGCAUAUGUCAAAACCCAUCAUUACGGAAAGGCAAUCAACUAUUAUGAAGCUGCACUGAAGAGCGGACAGCAGAACUUUCUCAGGUAUGAUCUAGCUGAGCUGUACCUUAGGCUGCGGAACUACGAUAAGUCAGAGAAGGUCAUCAUCACAGCCCUGGAGCAGGAGAAAGCAAGUGAUCUGAUGUCGUUAAUAAAUGAGGCGAAGCUGUUGAUGUUGCUGGCACGAGUUCACCAGAAUCACAACAAUACUGAGCAGACCAUGAAUACCUUGACAAAAGCCAAAGAAGUACAAACCAGAAUUCUGAGGAGAGUUACGACAGAACAGCCUGAUGCGGCACUAGCACAGAAGCAGUUAGCCGCAAAGAUUUGUUCGGAGAUGGCCGAGAUUUCCACAGCCUCUCGCGAGUAUGACAAAGCCAUCAACUUCUAUAAAGAAGCACUUGUAUAUGAUGACACGCAUAUUCAGUCGCUAUUAGCACUGGCCAAGUUGUACCUGACUGUAGAUGACCUCGAUGCAUGCCAGCAGCAGUGUGUACAGCUGCUCAAGGCUGACCCUGAUAACGAUGCAGCCACCGUGAUGAUGGCAGACCUGAUGUUCCGGAAGAACGAGUACGACUCAGCCACAUAUCACUUUCAGCAACUCCUCGAACGCAAGCCAGGACACUACACUGCCCUUGCCCGGCUCAUUGACUUACUCAGAAGAGCAGGGAAACUAGAGGAGUGUCCUAAAUACCUGGAGCAGGCGGAGAACGCCCUGCCUCGCGCAGCAAUGGAUGCUGGGUUUAACUACUGCAAAGGCCUGUACGACUGGUACACCCUAAAUCCCACAGGUGCACUGAAGCACUUCAAUAUUGCCAGGAAAGACAAUCAUUGGGGAGAGCAUGCAGUGUAUAACAUGGUGGAGAUAUGCUUAAAUCCAGAUAACGAGACUCUUGGAGGGGAGACUUUUGAGGCAGUUGAAAUCGAUUCAAGUCCAGCCCAAAAACAGGAUUCCGAGAUGAUGGCUGUUCGCACGGCAGAGAAGCUGUUAAAGGAAAUGCGGCCAAAGUUGAAUCCACUAAAGCAUCGGAUACUUGAAAACUCUGUCCUGAUGGCAACCAAAGCUAAACCAAAUGUAGAGCGUGCGCUCGCACAGUUUAUGGAAAUCGCUACCACAGAGCGUGAUUAUGUCCCUGCAUUACUGGGUAUGGCCACGGCUUACAUGUAUCUCAAACAGACACCACGGGCUCGUAACCAACUCAAGAGAAUUGCAAAAAUGAACUGGACCUUUGAGGAGUCGGAAGAAUUUGAAAGAAGCUGGCUGUUACUCGCUGACAUAUACAUACAAUCUGGGAAGUACGAUAUGUCAGGUGACCUGCUAAAAAAGUGUCUACAAUACAACAAGUCAUGCUGUAAAGCUUGGGAGUACAUGGGUUUCGUCAUGGAAAAAGAACAAGCUUAUAAGGAUGCUGCACAGAAUUACGAAAACGCCUGGAAGAACGGGAACCGAAAUAACCCAACCAUAGGCUUUCGUCUGGCGUUUAACUAUUUGAAGGCCAAGCGCUUUGUCGAUGCCAUCGACGUCUGCCAUAAGGUCCUGAGUCAACAUCCAAACUACCCCAAGAUCAAGAAGGACAUAUUAGACAAAGCGAGGAGUUCCUUAAGAGUGUAAAUAGCAUGAUGUACUAUACGCAUGCACGAGGUCACCACCGCAUGGUUAGUUACAUGGAGUGUAGUUUAAGUACAUUGGUCCGUUGCCUGGCGUGUGUUUUCAUAGGCCAAGUACAUCCCAGUAGUGAUAUUAAAUCUUACAAAAUAAAUUCAAUUCUAUUUCUAGAGUAUUGAGUAAAGCAGGGUAAACUGUCCAAAAUAAUGGGAGUUUUUAAUAUUCAAAAUAAAGGAAACCAUAAUUGUCAUUUUUAAGAUUCCAGGAUAAGAGCCGAGUAAUUACAAAUGGUGUACCGCGUUAAAAAGUGAUAUAAACAAUUUUUUUAAAUGCUAAAUUGUCGAGACUGAAGACGCAAUGUGUAUAGGGGGGAUCCAGCUAAGCCCCCUCUCCCCCCCUAAAAACGGUUAUUUGCCGACUAUAAAGAACAUGGAAUAGUGGAAUUCUUGUGUAUAUGUUAGUGUAAGUAAUAAAGUGUUAGUGUAAGUAAUUUGGAAAUCGUCCAUCUUGAAAUCUUGAGUGUCACUCUUAUCCUUUCAGUCUUUGAAAAAAAGACACACAACUAUCACAACAAAUUUGGAUCGAUAUUUUAUUUGUAAACCAUCAUUUGUAGUUUUAAUAAAGAUUGUCUAGCUGUAA